AUGUUGAAGAGGUUGUCCACCCAGCUGAGGCGCAACAAGGACACCAAUGGUGAUUCCGAGCCUAAGACCAAGGAGAAUGGCAGCAAGCGCUUCUCCAAGGCUGCACCUGCUCGGAAAUCCGUUUCCAACGAGGAGAAUCACCAGGUGAAGCGCGCCGAGGUUGUUGCUGUCUUCGAGAAGUAUGCGCAAGCUAUCCACGCCUCGCGCGAGCCUCUGCCCAACCAGACCGGCGAUGGUACCUAUCUGAAGCAUGACCAGUCCUCCGGUCUGAUCAACGACAUCAAGUCUCUGGGUUUCCGCGACAUCAACACUGUCAAGGACCUGAUCAAGAGUAAGGCCUCCGGUGAGCUGAUUGACGACAAGACCUACCUCAUGGAGCGCAUUAUUCAGAUGGUUGCCGACCUGCCCGGUCACUCAAAGAACCGUACCGAGCUCACCAACCAGUUCCUGGAUGAGCUGUGGAAUUCCUUGCCUCAUCCCCCUCUCUCCUACAUGGGUGAUGAGUAUAAGUACCGCUCCGCCGAUGGCUCCAACAACAACCCUACCCUUCCCUGGCUUGGUGCUGCCAAUACCCCCUACUGCCGCACCAUUCCUCCCAUGACCAUCCAGCCCAGUGGUCUGCCUGAUGCCGGUCUGAUCUUCGACAGCUUGUACGCUCGUCAAAAGUUCAACCCCCAUCCCAACGGCGUCUCCAGUAUGUUCUUCGACUGGGCCUCCCUCGUCAUUCACGACAUUUUCCAGACCGAUUACCGCCAACAGCAUCUGAAUAAGACCUCUGCUUACCUCGAUUUGUCUAUUCUGUACGGUGACUUCCGGGAACAGCAGGAUAUGAUCCGUUCCCACAAGGACGGUAAGCUGAAGCCAGACACCUUCUCCGAGGGUCGUCUGCAGGCUCUUCCCGCUGCGUGCGGUGUUCUCCUGGUCAUGCUGAACCGCUUCCACAAUCAUGUGGUCGAACAGCUGGCCGUGAUCAACGAGAACGGCCGCUUCACUAAGCCCCGUGAUGGUCUGCCCGAGGAGGAUGCCAAGAAGGCCUGGGCCAAGUAUGAUGAGGACCUGUUCCAGACCGGUCGUUUGAUCACUUGUGGUCUGUAUAUUAACAUCACCCUGUACGACUACCUACGCACCAUUGUCAACCUGAACCGCACCAACUCCACCUGGUGUCUGGAUCCCCGUGCCCAGAUGGAGAAGGCUGGUGCCACUCCGUCCGGUCUUGGUAACCAGUGCUCCGUCGAGUUCAACCUGGCCUACCGCUGGCACUCGACCAUCUCCCAGGGUGAUGAGAAGUGGAUCGAGCAGGUCUACUAUGACCUCAUGGGCAAGCCUGCCGACCAGGUCACCAUGCCCGAGCUGCUGAUGGGCAUGAAGAAGGUCGAGAGCAUGCUCGAUGCCGAUCCCUCCAAGCGUACCUUUGCCCAUCUGAAGCGCCAAGAGGACGGUACCUUCAAGGACGAGGAGCUUGUUCAGAUCCUCACCCACGCUUGCGAGGAUGUUGCCAGCUCUUUCGGUCCCCGCAACGUCCCCAAGGCUCUCCGUUCCAUUGAGAUUCUCGGUAUCGAGGCUGCUCGCCGCUGGCACGUCGGUUCCCUCAACGAGUUCCGUAAGCACUUCGGCCUGAAGACUUAUGAUACCUUUGAGGAGAUCAACUCCGAUCCGGAGAUUGCUAACACCCUGCGCCACCUGUACGAGCACCCCGACUACGUCGAGCUGUACCCCGGUAUUGUUUCUGAGGAGGCCAAGGAACCCAUGAUCCCCGGUGUCGGUAUCGCCCCUACGUACACCAUCUCCCGUGCUGUGCUGUCCGAUGCCGUGGCCCUGGUCCGCGGUGACCGUCACUACACCGUUGACUAUAACCCUCGCAACCUGACCAGCUGGGGUUACAACGAAUGUCGCUACGACCUCAACAUCAAUCAGGGUUGUGUCUUCUACAAGCUGGCCACCCGUGCCUUCCCCAACUGGUUCCAGCCUGACUCUAUCUACGCUCACUACCCCAUGACCAUCCCCAGUGAGAACAAGAACAUCAUGAAGAUGCUUGGCCGUGAGCAGGACUACUCCUGGGACCGCCCUGCUUACAGCCCUCCCCGCAUCAACCUGCUCUCGCACGAGAACGCCAAGCUGGUCCUGGAAAACCAGGCCUUCAAGGCCUCCUGGAGCCGUGCCAUGGAUGACCUCUUCGGCCAGGGCGAGUGGGAUGCCAAGCAGCGCGCCGCUAUGGGCCAGGCCUUCAACACCGAGGACUUCCCCAAGCUGGUCAAGAAGUUCUACGAGGAUGUCACCCUCCGGCUCAUCUCGGAGAAAGGCGCCAAGCUGGCUGGCAUAAAUCAGGUCGACAUUACCCGUGACGUCGGCAACCUGGCUCACAUCCACUUCGCCUCCACUGUCUUCGGCCUGCCCCUGAAGACCGAGGAGAAUCCCGCUGGUUUAUUCACCGAGCACGAGCUGUACAUGAUCCUGACCACCAUCUUCUCUGCUCUCUUCUUCGAUGUGGAUGCCACCAAGUCCUACUCGUUGAACCGUGCAUCCGCCGCCGUCGCUACCCAGCUUGGCCAGGUUGUCGAGGCCACCGUCAAGGCUGACACCAGCAACGGUAUCAUCAGCGGACUGAUGAACAACUUCCGGCCACAUGACAACGCUCUCCGUGAGUACGGUACCGGUGCCCUACGCCGUCUUCAGGAGGCUGGCCUUAGUGCCUCACAGAUUACCUGGUCCCAGAUCAUCCCUCUCGUCGUCGGCAUGGUCCCCAACCAAGGCCAGGUGUUCACUCAGAUCAUCGAGUACUACACCUCGCCCGAAGGCAAGAAGCACCUUGCCGAGAUCAACCGUCUCGCCAAGCAAGACUCCGCCGAGAACGACGAGGUCCUAUACCGCUACUGCCUGGAGGCGAUCCGUAUCAACGGCACCUUCGGCGCAUACCGCGAGGCCCAGAGCACCAUGACCGUUCAGGACGGCGACAAGACCAUCGACAUCAAGGCCGGCGAUAAGGUCUUCGCCUCCUUCGUGCAGGCCAACCAUGACCCCAGCGUCUACCCCGAGCCCAAGGAGGUCAAGCUCGACCGUCCUAUCGACUCCUAUAUUAACCACGGCCAGGGCCCCAACACCGGCUUCGGUCGGGAAAUCACCAAGAUCGCUCUCGUUGCCAUGCUCCGCGUUGUCGGUCGUCUUCAGAACCUUCGUCGUGCCCCUGGUGCUCAGGGUCAGCUGAAGAAGAUCCCCCAGGAGGGUGGCUACUACGUCUACCUCCGCCAGGAUGGCACUUCUUACUUCCCCUUCCCUAUGUCGCUCAAGCUCCACUGGGACGGCGAUUUCCCUCCCAAGUUCUAA